AUGUCCCAAAUCUUCCGCCCUCCCAACAUCCAAAUCCUCGCCUACAAAACCUUUAGCAUAAACUCACAAGCCUCAGUCCCCGACGGAGUUCCCCUCGUCUGUGGAGGCUUCCUAUACAUGAAUGACCCCCUGAGCGAUCAAUCCGAUACCGCCGGGAUAAAAUGUAGUCUAAAGGACAUUCCACCAUCGAUCAUGGCAAUAGCAUCUGCUGAGAUGCGACAUAUUAAACAAUCAGAAAGGGAUGUUAGGGUGGAAUGGAUCACCGACGACAGGGUUUACGUUAAAGAACCAACGUUCACAUUUGGGAUGGUCAAAAUCAAAAAUCCUGAUAUCGAGAUGUUGGGGUCGCUUCACGUGCCCACUAGCCCUAGUGUCUGUAUCUGUAAGGGAAGGGAUUCCGAACGAUCACGGUCUGAUUCUAAAGUUCCAAACGAUGAAGAUGUGGCGAUGGGAUCUAAUAUUGAUCCUAGUGCUACUCCGUUAUCCCAUGUUCAGGGUUCAACUCUUGUCGACGCUCAGAACCAAGAUAUUUUAGGACAUGAUGGGUCGGCUGUUCCUGCGCAGGGUAAAGGGAUAAAGCAGGAUAAAGACCAUGUCAACGGACUUACUAGAUCGUCAUCCUCAUCGACGGCGGGUUAUUCAAAUAAACAAUAUCCGGAUGGAGCAUUCGACUAUACGAAAAUAAAGUACGAAGAUGAGGCUUAA